UUGAACUUUUAACAAUAAUAAUAGUAAUAUUUCAAAACAGAAAUAUCUCUCUAUCUCUAAUCUCUAUCUCUUUCUCACACCAUCUUCAUUCAUCUUUCACGUUGAUUCAGAAACCCUAACAAGAGGAAGCGUUAACAAUAGGAUCCUGAGAAGAUGAAGGGUCUCUUCAAGCCAAAGCCACGCACUCCUAUUGAUAUUGUGCGACAAACCAGAGAUCUUCUUAUCUUCUUCGAUCGCAGCACUGAAACUCGCGAUAGCAAGCGGGAUGAAAAACAAAUGGUGGAGCUAUGUAAAAAUAUCAGGGAGCUAAAGUCAAUCCUUUAUGGAAGUAGUGAUUCUGAACCAGUCUCAGAAGCUUGUGCGCAGUUGACUCAAGAGUUCUUUAAGGAGGACACGCUGCGACUGCUUAUCAAAUGUAUUCCAAAAUUGAAUUUGGAGGCCAGGAAAGAUGCCACUCAAGUAGUUGCAAAUUUACAAAGGCAACCAGUUCAGUCUAAAUUGAUCGCAUCGGAUUACUUGGAGAAAAACAUGGAUCUUAUGGAUGUUUUGAUAGCUGGAUAUGAAAACACAGAUAUGGCUUUACACUAUGGUGCGAUGCUGAGGGAGUGUAUAAGACACCAGAUUGUUGCAAAAUAUGUUCUGAACUCACCUCAUAUGAAGAAGUUCUUUGAUUAUAUUCAACUUCCAAAUUUCGACAUUGCUGCAGAUGCUGCAGCAACUUUUAAGGAACUCAUGACCCGGCAUAAAUCUACUGUAGCUGAAUUUCUUUCUAAGAAUUAUGAAUGGUUUUUUGCAGAUUAUAACUCUAAGCUGUUGGAAUCUUCCAAUUAUAUUACAAGACGCUUAGCUGUUAAGUUGCUAGGAGAUAUGUUACUUGAUCGUUCAAAUUCAGGCGUAAUGACCCGAUAUGUGAGCUCAAGAGAAAACUUGAGGAUUUUGAUGAAUCUUCUAAGAGAGUCAAGCAAAAGCAUACAGAUAGAAGCAUUUCACGUUUUCAAGCUAUUUGCUGCUAACCAAAAUAAACCGCCCGAUAUUAUCAGCAUAUUUGUUGCAAACAAAAGUAAAAUGUUGAGACUAUUGGAUGAAUUCAAAAUUGAUAAAGAGGAUGCACAGUUUGAAGCUGACAAAGCUCAAGUGAUGGAGGAAAUUGCUGCUCUCGAAGCUUAGAGAAUAAUAACAUGCUUGAGUUGCAGAUAGUGUUAAAUGAGAAAUUGCAAUGUGGUAUUUUACCUUAAUGAAUUGUGUAUUAUUAUUACAGUUAUGUUAGUCUUCUAGAUGCAACUAUCAUUUUAUACAUAUUUGAUUGCUUCCAUUCUGUAAUUCUAUAGUCGUCAUGUAAAAUAUUAAAUAAAUUGUUUAAAUGAGUUACAUAUGGUUUAUGGCUUUCAA